AUGGCGAACGUUCGGGAUAGUGACACAUCCUUGUGGCUCCACAAUAAACUCGGAAUAUCGAAUGAUUCGUGGACUAGCGGCUCAAUUUGUACACAAUUAAAUGCGGAAGUGUUGAAAAAUAUUAAAGAUUGUUUUCCAGAUUUGCAAACACAAGUGAAACUAAAAUUAUUGUUAAGUUUCUUUCAUAUCCCGCGCAGAAAUGUUGAAGAGUGGAGAAAUGAGCUGGAAGAAAUCAUUGAAGUUGCAGCGGUUGACUCUGAUCUCUGGGUGGCUAUGCUUGCUGAAGUCCUUAAGACCUUUCCAUCAGCUGGUACACUCAACACUGAGAUAGCGGAGUUUGAUGAGACAAGACCUAUUUUUAGCGACAUGAUUGGAGAACUAAGGAGAGCAUUGGCUAAACAUUCUGAUCUUGGUCUACUGCCAUUAGAGUGCCUUUAUUUAAAUAAGAAUGCAUUGGUUUCUGUGGUUGGACAGCAACCAAAUCCUGUCAAACAUUUUACACUUAAGCGGAAACCGAAAUCGGUAGCUUUAAGAAGUGAAUUGCUAGCGAAAGCAACAGAAGUUCAGGCAAACCAAAAGAAAGCGCAAGCCCCCACUGUACCUGUUAGAUCUCGAGGCAUGCCCAGGAAAAUGACUGAUACAACUCCACUUAAGGGCCUGCCGUCACGAUGGGCCGCCCGGACCGGUGCGAGAGUCCUGGCCCCGGUUGCCCGACCGCCCCCACGGUCUGGCAUCAAGUUACUAGAUAUCAAUGAGCAACCUGCUACACAUGCACAGAUUAAAAAAAGGAGGAAACUUGAAAUGGAAGAGGGUGCGAAGAAGCAGCCGCCUGCCGCGCCUCCAUCGCCACCGCCCGAUUACGCUAAAGGGCUCAACAACUACCAGAUGCCAAAAGCCGAAGAACAGCCAGCCACCGAUGCGCUUGCACCAUCAAGCAGUGCUGAGACAGUACAAUCUGAACCGGAGGCUAGCACUCCAACGGAAACCACAGCACCUCUUACUAGCCCAGUCUUGUUGCAGCAAUCAACAGGUACCAAGCCUAUAGUAAUAGGGCAACAACCCAAACUCCUAAUAGCGGGACAAGCCGGUGGUAAACCAUUGCUGCUGUCCACUCAGAACCUUCUAAACACAUCUGCAGUAAUACUGCAGGGUGGCGGCAAAGCUGUGCUGUUGCAAAAUAUUAAACCUAUGACGCAGCCUGUGGUGCAAGCGGGUGCCAGAAACGUGCAGCAGACGUCGCAGCCGCUCCAACACCAGAUUCCCGUUCAGAUUGUGAAGCCCAUGCAGCCCGCAACGACACCAGCGGUGGGCGCGGUCCCGGCGGUGCACACAACGCCCGCAGCGCCCCCACCACCACAACAACCACAACAACAAACGCAGCAACAACAACAACAACAACCACAACCACAGCAACAGCAACCUCAAACGCAACCGCAACAACAGCCUCAACAACAACAACAGACGCCGCUGUUGCCGCGUAGGGGUCUGUCGCUUACGCGGGAGCAAAUGCUGGAGGCACAGGACAUGUUCAGAAACGCGAAUCGGGUGACGAGGCCGGAGAAGGCGCUCAUACUCGGCUUCAUGGCUGGCUCCAGGGACAACCCGUGCCCGAACCUCGGCAACAUAGUGACCAUCAAGCUGUCGGAGAACAUCGAGAACGUGCUGCAGACGGACGACACGUACCUGACGAUGCUGUCCGAGAUGCACUUCCAGAUGAACUACAACAACGGCCAGUGGACGCGGCUCAAGAAGUACCGCCACAUCGACGGCAUGGUGCCGCAGAAGAUACCGCCCGGCUCCACCGUCAUCUCGGCCAGCAACCAGCAGCCCGUCGUCUCCAUCGCCAACCAGACGGUCAGC